AAGUGGCUUGUUGCGAUUUUUAAUGACUAAUAUUAUCAUAAGAAUCUGUUAUUUUUAGUAGUUUUCAAUUCAUAACUUCAAUGAAUUGAACUAUAUAGCGUCAGUAAUUUACUAUUAAUAUAGUAUUGAUAAUUUUACUUUAUUUCAAGUGUUUUCAAAGUAAAAGUAGAGCAAAAUGACUUUCGCCGAAUUCUUCAGCUGUUCCCUGCUGGCCUUUGGGCCACCUCUCGUAAUGUUCGCAAUGACGAUCGCCAAUGAUCCUGUGAGGAUUAUUAUCAUGAUCGCAGCGGCGUUUGGAUGGCUACUGUCAUUCCUGUUAUCGUCACUUGUGUGGUUCGCUGUAGUGCCUUUAAGGACAUAUUUAGUGUUUGGAAUGGUGUUUGCUAUUAUAUUCCAGGAGCUCUUCCGCUAUGGCAUGUAUGUGCUUCUCCGGAAGACUGAGGCUGGUCUGAAGGAGAUCUCGGAGAAUCACGAGAUUGGCAGUAACAAGUUGGAGAUGGCUUAUGUUUCUGGGCUGGGAUUUGGAGCAAUGAGUGGUGCAUUUGCUCUUGUCAAUGUCCUAGCUGAUUCGGUUGGACCAGGCACUCUAGGCCUUCACAAUGGCACAGAGUAUUUUUUUGUUACAAGUGCUGCCAUGACACUCUGCAUGAUCCUGCUCAACACUUUCUGGAGUGUAAUCUUCUUCAGUGGCCUUGAUGACAAAUACUAUCCAAAGAUAGUCUGGGUUGUUGGGUCCCAUUUUUUUGUAUCUGGAUUAAGUUUACUAAACAGGAAUGAAUUGUAUGCAGCUACUAUUAUACCAUCAUAUAUAGUGCUGAUAGUAACGGCCUAUUUAGCGUACAGGUCCGCUGGGGGUACUGGUAGAAGCUUUUUGCAAAGCUUUUCCUCCAGAACAUAGAAUAAGAGUUACUAAGUGGCCCAGUGCCUAUACUAAUAUGUAAAUGAUCUCGUGAGCAUGAUAACCUGGCCUGAACAUUUAGAUGUUGAAUUUCCUUCGCGUCUAUUUUCGGAAGUACUAGAUUCCUUUUAGGUAUUAGAUCAGUUUUCAAUUAAAACAAGAACAUGUUUUCUGACGAAAAAAUGUGUUGGGGAGAAUGAGUACCCAUAGCACCAUUACCUACCAAUAUCCUUCCUUCAAAUCGGUUGGUACUCCUAUUCAGAGAACUACUGUUGGGGUUUGUAUUGAUACAAUGUCUGAAUUCAUAAAUAUACUUUUUAAUUUAAUAAUAUUCUAAUGUAAAUAAUCCAUACCAAAUCGAACCAUGUUAAUUUAUUUUAUUAGCAUCAUGAAAUAUGCAUAAUGGGUUUGUGUUUACCUUAAAAUACUAUUAACCAUUUGAUUGGGUGAUGAUAUGUAUUCAAGAGGAAUUUAUUCCGUUUUAACAAGCCAAUGUCUACUAGACGGACAAUAAUGAAAUUAGUAAGAUAGAUAGAAGAGGUAAUAAAACCUUAUGAAAUAGGUUUAACAUUAAUUUAUUAUACAUUCAUUCCCUUAGUCUAGUUUAAUUAUACAAAUUGGACAGAAAAUUAUUAAUUAUAACAAAUAAAAUAAAACAUACUAAAUACCA